ACAAUAAUGAAACAUGUUCCGCGCGGCCUCCUGCUGAAGCAUUGCUAGCAGGGCUUCACUUCUUACAUAGGCAGUGAGUGUCGGCGUCAGCUUCAGUCCGCCCGUGACAGCAGCACGCUAAACACCUAUACCUCCGUCAAUAUGGUUCAGUUUGAAGAGAAAGCAAAGUCUUUGAAACGCUCUCUUAAUCCUUUUAGUAUCAGAAGAAUGCUUGGAGAGGAGUCGGACAGCGACACUGAAGAGUCUAGUCUGGAAGUGGUCAACAGAACGCCACAGAAUGACAGCGUCGCAGACAGAGAUAACAUUUUUGUAGAUGUUGUCAGUGAUGUUAAGGAGGAAGUUUCAGAGGCACUUUCAACAGAAGAUGGAAGAGUGUGUGAGGAUGUCAUAUCUGACACUGAUAUGGACAAAAGUGACGAUGCUGAGAGUUUCUCGGAGGAUAAGACAGAGGAAAGUAAGGGGGUGAACGACGAUGGAGAGAAGGGGAAGAGUGAAAAGAAGCCCGAGAAACCCCCAUUUAGUUACAAUGCUCUCAUCAUGAUGGCGAUCAGGAGCAGCCCCGAGAAGAGACUCACACUAAGUCAGAUAUACGAGUUUAUCAUGAAAAACUUUCCAUAUUACAAAGAUAACAAGCAAGGUUGGCAAAACUCUAUUCGCCACAACCUAAGUCUGAACAAGUGUUUUGUGAAGGUCCCCCGACACUACGACGAUCCUGGCAAGGGCAACUAUUGGAUGCUUGAUCCAUCUUGUGACGAUGUGUUCAUUGGUGGCACCACUGGGAAACUCAGGCGGAGGUCCACUCUGGCAUCACGGAGUCGACUUGCUGCUCUCAAGAGAGCUGGAUUUCCUCACCUCACCCCACCGUCCUACCCGUUCCAGUCGGACCGCCUCCACCCGUAUGCUGCCUGCACCCCCCUAUACUCACUGCCGGGCUUGGCAGGUAGUCGAUACUCGCCUCUCCCAUAUCACCCCUACCCACUACAAAUGACACCUGCCACGGUUACGUCUGAUAGAUUUUUACAGAAGAAUGGACUAAAUUUUUCGGUGGACAAACUGCUGUCGGAAACAUCCCGGUCUUCGGAAACAGGGCAGGUCCCCUGUACAAACCCCAUGUACGGGCGUCAGGAAUCGGCUCUUGCUGCGUGGCGAGCUUCCUACUUCCUACAAGGAUUCCAGGGCCUGGACCCCCAGCUCAGGGGUCUUGAGUUAUAUCAACAUCUGAAAGCAGCGCCCGUGCCGCACAUGCCAGGUCUGUCAACAUAUGCACCCCCGUCAAGACUGUCAAAGGCGAGCGGGACUCUCAUCUCAUCGCCUGAUAGUUCAUUCUCCCCGGUUUCAGUGAGUGACAAAACUACUGGCUAGCGUGUUGUGCUCAUCUAAACAGACUACUUCUGGAGGUACGUAAUGGCCAGAACUUUGAUCAAACGGGAAGAUUAUCUCGUGAUAUGUGACAAACAUUUAGAUAUAUAUGUGUUCUAUUGUUCAGAUAUUACGAAAAGUGCUUAAUUAGUCACCUGUGUUGAAGUUAGGUGAUUUGUUGUGAGGCGGACAAGACA